GCCAUAUUAAACAGACGCAUGCACGCCGCGCCGGCUGGAGCGCACGGCGGCGGCGGCCUCCUGCCCACCCAGCUUCGCGCUAUUAGCUAGCUUGCUGCAGCAGCGUACGUGCUUUUUCGUUCGUCCUGCCGGUCUCCAUGACCUUCCCGCUGGUUUGCUACUGCUACGCGGUGCCGCGCCCCGUGGCCGCGCUGCUCAAGCUCCUCCACGCCGCCGUGCUCGUGUUCGUGCUGCUCCUCUCCUUCCUCGGCCUCUACGAGUUCUCCUACGACCCCGAGGAUCACGCGCCACCAGCCAUCAACGGCGGCCGCCCCAGGCCAGAGGCGGUGAAGCGGCGCCUCCCGCUCGUCGAGUUCCUGGAGCUGGUGGAUUCGUCGUCGUCACCGUCGUCGGGGCUGGGGGCGGAGCCGACGUGCCGGGUGUGCCUCGAGUGGCUUGAGGCCAAGGACGAGGUGCGGCGGCUGGGCAACUGCACCCACGCGUUCCACACGCGAUGCAUCGACCGCUGGAUCGACCUGGGCGAGGUGACGUGCCCGCUUUGCCGCUCCCACCUGCUGCCGCGCCGGCGCGCCGGCCUACUCGGCAUGGCACGGCUCGGCUAGUCGCGCGUCCCUGGUUCCCUUCAUCCCUUGCCACGUACGAUACGUGCCCGUCCACAGCCGUGCUCGGCUUCAGGCCGGCGGCGCGCGGCCGGUACGCGCGCAGAUGCCACUGGGCACUGGUGCCGGAUGGGGGCAGACCAUGAGACCAACCGUGAACUAGGACGACUGUCUAAUUAACCUGAUGUAAAGAAUUUUUUUCCGUCAAUGGAUGGGCGCAAGCCAAAUUACUGGAGGUUGGCAUAAAGCGUUACUUGACGCGAAAUAUUGUUUGCCCUGCGUUGGACGGACAACGCUAUACGAACGUAUCGAAUACAAACCACGUUUUCAUGU